CUACGGAUCCUCCGCGCCGCCGCCGCCCACUGACCAUCUCCCUCGGGAUCCCUCCCGAUCCACCCACUCGGUCUCCCCCUUCCUCGGGUCUUGUCCGAUUCGUCCAAUCGAUCCAAAAUCCACCGGGUCAACCACCACCACCUCCUCUCGAUCCAUCCUCGCACCCGAGCAGGAGCGCUCGGUCUCGUCUCCCUGCGCCGUCGUGCACCCCGCGUCCCCGAGCACCUUCCCCCUCGCUGCCCAACGGCGCUUCCGACCAGCAACACCAGCGCCUCGCGCCCGAACGCCCGCCGCCGGCAGCAAUGGCCAGCAGAUGAGCGUCGUCCCCAUUCCCCUUUUCUUCCCGUGCUCUCUGUCCUCCUUUUCCCUCUCCCUUGACUUUCUCUCUCUUUUGCCCUCUGUACAGGACUGCAGCCAUGGCCACCGUCGUUGCCUCCUACCUCGCCUCGGUUCCGCCACCAGUGAAGGCCGAACGCUGCCGCAGGAGCAGCUAUGAAUUCGCCGUUUCCCACUCCUCCUGCCACAUCAGCCGCGUUUCCCCGUCCCCGGCGUCGACGUGGAGCCGCGCCAAGACGUCCCCGCUGCUCUGCUUCCUGAUGAAUGGAGGACAUGCACCAUCUUCUUCAGCUCCGCCUGAACGCCACCUUGCCGAAGAGCCCAUGCCAGGGUCAUCCUCUUCUUCUGACCCGACGCCGUCCCAGGAGCUUGCCGUCAGAUCCGGCGAUCGCCUCCCGUUCCCGUCGCUCCGCCGUGCGCCAAUUCCCUGCUGCCGCCGUCGUGCCCUGCUUCCGCUCCUCCCGCUUGCCUCUGUACGCGAGGAAAGCAAGCGAACAACCGCGUGCGUUGACCGUGCCCGCGUGGCCCACAACGCCAAGUCACAGCCAGACCCGCCGGCCUGCUGCAGCACCGACUGGGCCUCAACCCACUGGUGUUGUUUCUUUGGGUUAGUUCCGUUAACGUCACGUUUGUGAGGAUCCGUUCGACUACGUCCGUUUGUCUUCUUCAUGGACUCGUUCUUCUUUCUUGCGGGAUCUCAGGCAAGAUGACCAUACCCUCGAAAUCACUUCUAUCUUUGCUUGCUAGUUGCUCGCUCUAUUGCUAUGCCGCGAUACCUACCACUUGCUAUAUCAUGCCUCCCAUAUUGCCAUGUCAAGCCUCUA